AUGAGCACGACACUUGUUGAUGAAGGAGACAUAGAUGCGAAGUGGACCUUCAACAAAGGUGGGAGGGUGUCCGGCCAGUUCUCAAGUGCUUGGGGUGGCGUUCUUGUCGCUUCUGGUGAUAACGACGAGGACGACGACGAUUUUGCUCUUCAGCCUAUAUCUAAGUUAGAUCCGAAACAGCCAGAAUCACCAGUCCAAAAGAUGACAAAAGUGCAACUGGAAUUCGUCAGUCCCAAGUUGCGAGAAAUUGCUGAGGACAAGGAUAGUAUUCUUAACAGUGCCGCCGGUACCGUAUCCACUUGUCGAGACUCGGUCAGCAGCCAUGCAAGUGAUAUUGCUUCUCCCAAUGUUCCCAAGUCACCAGCUGCGCAAGACGAACUGUCGCCGAUGGAACGAGCACGACUAGCCUUGUCCAAAAAGGAGCUUACCAAAAGUGCCCGUUCGCAGCAAAAGGCAUCCUUGAAGAAGUCAAUCGACACCCUGGCCUUUACUGGUUCACCUUUGGAUUUAUAA